AUGAGCUCCUCCUCCUCCACCGUCUCGAACCCGUUCGCCGGUCCCGAUGUCACCCUCGUCCGCGACCUCAACAUCCAUGAGCGUGUCCUGGUGAAGCUUGAUCAAAACACCGCGUCCUACUCCGCUUGGAAGCGGUAUUUUUCGCUCGUGUUCCGUGAGUGCCUCCUGCACGGCCACGUGGACGGCACUGUGGACUCGGCGCUCAUGAUCAACGACGAGGACGACCUCUUCCACACCGUGGUGAAUGACGACGACGACGCCUACGCGGUCUGGACCAAGCUCAACGGCCUCUUCACCGACAACCGGCUGCAGCGCAAGGUCCUUCUCCACGGUGAGUUUUACGGGUGCCAGCAACUUGACUCGUCCAUCGAUGAUUUUUGCAUGCGCCUCAAGAAGCUUGCCGAUGAGCUCCAUGAUCUCGGCGAGACGAUCGGCGACGCGCUCCUCAUCAGCACCCUCACCGCCGGCCAAACGAGGAUUUUGGGAACGCCGCCUCCAACCUCACCCUCAUCCCGGAGCCUACCUUCGCUAAGCGCGUACCUCAAGUUGGAGGAGCGCCGGAUGCGGAUGGCACGGACUCGCGCGACCCACACCGCCCUUGUCGCCGGCACCCGCGGGGAUCAAGCCCCGCCACCACUGCGCCGGACGCCGCCCCAGCCGGCGGCGCCCGCCUUCCCGCCAGCCCCGGCCGCUCCCUUCCCGCCGCCCCAGCCGGCGGCUAAUGGAGGGGGUCGUCGUGGCGGCCGCAAGCAGGGGGGCGCGGGCGCUCAGGGAGGAGCACCCCGCCCGCCGCAGCCGGCCUACCAGCCGGCCCCGUGGUACGCCGGUCAAAACCCAUGGACCGGCGUUGUGCACGCUUACUCCAUGCCGGCUCCCCGUGCUCCUGCCCCGGGUAUUCUCGGCGCCCGGCCACCGUCGCACCAGGCAUUCUACGCCGCGCCGCAGCCCUAUGCGGCGCCCUACGCGGUGCCCUACGGCCAGCAGCCGCAGCCAGGCGGGCUGCCGCUGCUGCCCCUGACGGCCCCGCCGCAGCCUCUCCCACCGGCGCCGUGGGACCCGGCCCUUCUGGCGGCUCUUCACACCGCUCCUUUCGCGUCCAGCUACACCGGCGGCGGCGAAUGGUACAUGGACACCGGGGCCACCGCUCACAUGGCGGCCUAUCCCGGACGCUCGCACGCGGAUGGUGCUCCACCGAUGUGA